AUGGAUUUUCAUAUCACUGUAAAAUCUACGGCAAUGGAGAAUGAAGAAGAUAAUCUUCAGGGUGGUGGUGUUAUGGGGCAAUCAUCAACAAGGACAUCAAGUCUAAAAUCAAAACAUGUCGGUAGAGAAACACGAGACUCAGAUCGAACUCACGAAACAACUUUCGAGUCAGACCAACGACGAACUCUACUUUCUUCCUCCAACAUUCGACUCUUUGCGAUCACCAUCGACGACGACGAUGAUGAAACCCUAGACCAGAAGAAUUCGAAGAGAGACGACCAAAUCGAUUCUCCGACAUUUAACUCCUUGGGAUCAUUACCCUCUACUGAUGCAUUCAUCGUGAACGACGAGGAGAAGGAAACCCUAGAGCGAAAGAAGAAUAAAAAGCUAAGAUUAGAGUCUUGGUGUGACGAAGCUGAAGACUUCAACGAACUAACUAGCGUAGUGAAGGGGUUACCAAAGGCGAAGGAAGACAAUGAUGCUCAAUCAAGAGUGGAUCAUCACGAGAAGAAGAAGGACGACGAGAGAUCAUUAUCAACAAGCCGUCAUGAUAAUAAUUUUAUUGAUUUGAGCAAGGACAAGAGUGUCGGUGAGAGUACUAGUAGUGGUAAUAAGGGUAAUGAACACGUGUCCCUUGAGGAGCUGGGUGUUUCGGUGGAAGAUCUCAAGAUUAUGCCAUGGGGAGCGUUUGAUCCAACAUGGGAGAUUAGGUCAGAAACGAUGGAUCCAUGGCUUGGUAGCUACUUUUCUAGAUUCUUAGCGAUUCAAUGGUUAGUCCUACUUCACAUACAUUACUAUUCCAUGGUGCGGGAUCAGGAUCAAACAAUACAUCUAAGAAUCAAUUUCCGCAUAGGUUUCUCUGCACAGCACAUUGUAAUGGUCAACCAUCUCUUUCUAAAGGUUGGGAAUCUAAAUUUCAUAAGUUAUUCUGGAGGCAGCUCAGCAAUCUUAAGAUUAUGA